UUAAGGAGAAGGAUGCGGGAAAAGUGGUACUCUAUACAACAAGUAUGGGCAUCAUACGUGACACUUAUGCCAAAUGUGCGAAUAUGAAACAGAUAUUGCGUACGCUGCUUGUGAAAUUCGAGGAACGAGAUGUCUUCAUGAGCAUCGAAUAUCAGCAGGAGAUAAAAGAGCGCAUGCACUCAGAAGCGAUAAAAGUACCUCAACUCUUCGUGGAAGGCCAACACAUUGGUGAUGCUGAUACUGUGGAACGACUUAACGAGUCGGGUGAACUGCGACAGCUGCUCAAACCAUACAAGUCAAUUGCUACCACAUUCACUUGUCAAACAUGUGGCGGCUACCGUCUACUGCCGUGUCCCUCAUGCAAUGGCUCAAAGAAAUCGGUGCAUCGAAAUCACUUCACGGCCGAAUUUGUGGCACUGAAAUGCAUGAAUUGUGAUGAAGUUGGACUUGUCAAAUGUCACAAUUGCUAAGCGAAUCUAGCGGGGAGGAGUCAAUCAUCAUAACCUGCCUCUAUGUGCAAGUGGGUAGUUAAAAUGAUGAGGAGCGGCCAAUCAAAGUUUGAUUGACUAGGCUGAAUCCAAAUGGGCGUGUGGAGCCAACAAACGGGCAAUCGACAAUUGUCAUAUGGUAGAGAGUAGCAUUGCUUUGGCAUGCCACAUAGUUAUGCAUGCAGAUUUAAUAUAUACAUACAUAUGUAUGUAAUUUGUGGCAUGUACAUAUGUAUAUCACUAAUUAUAUAGUUAGCUUAAGCAACGAAAGAGUCACUCAAUAUAUAUUUUUUUUAUUUUUAACUUUGAACGGUAAGUUUCCGCUACUGUGUUGCUUAUAAGUAAACAGAAUUUUUGUAUUUUCUCUUUUAUUAGUAUUUUUACUUUAAAUAUGUAGUUAGUGCAAUAGCGUAAUUUUAUUACUAAGAAAUGUUUUUUUUUUUUGCGAAAGUGGUAACUAUGAACUAAUAAUGGAAAUAUAUGCAUACAUAUGUAUAAUAUAAACGAACAAUUCAACGAAAUAUAUUUGAUGAACGCUUGCUUCGCUGACCUUAGCACUAUUUAUUUUUAAUGUCUUAUUGUUUAAUUAACUGUCUACAUUUACAUAUGUAUAUGUAUGUAAAUUUAUAUUGUACACUAUUAUUAAAAGCAUGUGUAUGUAGACAAAAGGCUUCGAUAUGAUUGACGGUCACGAGUGUAUUCGAAUUUAUUGUAUGUACAUAUAUAUUGUCGGUUGUUGGAAUUGCAAAUGUGACGGUUGUGAUAAUAUAACACAGAUAUUAGAAAAAUAAAAGACCUGUAAGCUUAAAUGAA